GACCAUCCCGGGCACCAUGUUGUGGAUCGCCUCGCUAAUGCUGCUCUAUGGAGCAGCGAUAGGGGACGACAAGACAAACUUGUUUAAGGGCUGCGUGCGGAGUCGUGACCGGCGCCUGAUACCUGGAACAUGCACCCUGGCUCCAGGGCGCUCGCUUCCUGGCAACCCUAUCCUGCUGCGCUACGCGCACAAGCUUCUCAAGAGACGCCACCACCAACCGCGCAAGGGAAACCUCAUCACCGUUCUUCGAGUCGUUCGCGCAGCACUGAUGUUCACUGAGCCACCACGUGGAAAUGUUGUCCGUGUGGAGUUCGUCACUGUGCAGAGCGACUGCGAUCAAUCAGUCCGCUACAGCCCGAAAGUGUGCAAGCCUGUUAGCCGAAAGGCAAAUGGUUUGUGCCAGGCCAAGUUCCUCGUGCAGUACGGCCUCAGCGUGCUUCAGCGUGGCUGGUGCCACACUGUAGUAGGCCAGCCUGCUGCAGAGCAAGAUUCCGCUUCUGUGACCCCCUGAUGCGCGUAUGUGCCAGGCGAGUGAGCCGCAGACUUAGGAAUAAAUAAAAUGUCUUGAGCAUUUA